GUAAUGAAGACUAUGAUCCACAAACUGUGAGACUUGGAAAUAGAUACAGUCAUGUUCAAGAGGUCCAAGAACGACUUCACUUUCUUAGGUUUUUAUUAAAAGAUGGUCAACUCUGGCUAUGUGCUCCCCAGGCUAAGCAAAUAUGGAAAUGCUUAGCAGAGAAUGCAGUUUAUGUUUGUGACCGUGAAGCCUGUUUUAAAUGGUAUUCCAAGUUAAUGGGAGAUGAACCUGACUUAGAUCCUGAUAUUAAUAAGGAUUUCUUCAAAAGUAAUGUGCUUCAGCUUGAUCCUUCCCUAUUAACUGAAAAUGGAAUGAAGUGCUUUGAAAGAUUCUUCAAAGGUGUUAAUUGUCGAGAAGGGAAACUGAUAGCAAAAAGAAGAGUCUAUAUGAUGGACGAUUUGGAAUUAAUAGGAUUAGACUAUCUUUGGAGGGUUGUGAUGCAGAGCAGUGAUGAUAUUGCCAACAGAGCUAUAGAUCUUCUUAAAGAGAUAUACACAAACCUUGGGCCGAAGCUACAGAUGAAUCAGGUGGUUAUCCAUGAAGACUUUAUCCAGUCUUGCUUUGAUCGUCUGAAAACAUCAUAUGAAACAUUAUAUAUUUCGGACAGUGAAAAAGACAGUAUUAAUUGUGCAAGGCAAGAAGUCAUCCAAAUGGUUCGAGUGUUAACUGUUUUGAGAGAGUACAUAAAUGAAUGUGACAGUGAUUAUCAUGAAGAAAGAAUGAUUCUACCUAUGUCAAGAGCCUUCCAUGGCAAACACCUGUCUCUUACAGUUCGGUUUCCAAACCAGGGCAAACAAGUUGAUGACUUGGACAUAUUGUCUCAUACAAAUGAUACAAUUGGCUCAAUACGUCGUCGUAUUCUCAGUCGUAUUAAAGCCAACAUAGCCCAUAAAAAUAUUGAACUCUCUGUGGGUGGUGAAUUGAUAGGUUCUGAAGAUGACAGAAAGCUGAUUGGACAGUUAAACUUAAAAGAUAAAUCACUAAUUACAGCCAAACUUAUAGAAAUAAAUUCAAGCAUACUUUCAAGUCCUGAUAGCUCUUCUGAUUCUUCAAUUGGAUCGCCUGAAAACCAUUGUAAUCGCUACAGUGAUGGUCCCGGUACAGAAGUGGAAAGUAGUUUGCCUGGUAUUAUAAUGUCAUUGCAUCCGAGAUAUAUCUCUUUCCUUUGGAAAGUUGCAGACUUAGGUAGCAGCCUGAAUAUGCCACCUCUUAGGGAUGGAGCGAGACUACUUAUGAAAAUUAUGCCACCAGAUAACACAACUGUAGACAAAUUAAGAGAAAUUUGUUUGAACCAUGCAAAAGUUGAAGAGAGCAAUCUUGAUCUAUCUCUUGAAUCACUUUUCUUUGGUCCUUCUGCCUCUCAAGUUCUUUACCUAACAGAGGUAGUCUAUGUAUUGCUAAUGCCUGCUGAUACGUCUCUGGCUGACAGUUCCUCAGAUUUUCAGUUUCAUUUCCUGAAAAGUGGUGGCUUGUCCAUUGUAUUGAGCAUGCUAAUAAAAAAUAACUUCUUACCAAAUGCAGAUACAGAAACUCGAAGGAGCGCUUACUUCAAUGCCCUUAAAAUAGCCAAAUUGUUAUUAACUGCAAUUGGGUAUGGCCAUGUUCGUGCUGUGGCAGAAGCUUGUCAGUCGGUUUUAGAUGGUACAGAUCCUGUAAAACCGGUAAUAUUUUAAGAUACAUUUUGAAAUAUUUCAUUCUUAACACUCAGUUUUUAAAUUAAAAAAAAAGUUUAUUUAUUUGAAAGGCAGAGUUAGAGAUCUCUCUGCUAGGUCUCUCACAAGGGUAUAGGGCCCAAGCACUUGGGCCAUCUGCUGCUGCUUUUCCAGGUGUACUAGCAGGGAGCUGAAUCAGAAGCAGAGCAGCCAGGACCCACUACACCACAAUGCUGUCCCCAACAUUUAGUUUUAAAGAUAAGCUCAGUGAGUUUUGUGAAGAGUGCUUCAAUUAAAAUGUCACAUUUUAGGGGUAAGACUUUUUGCCUUGUGAUAAAAAGGUUGGUUAGAACAUCCUUUGUGCUACAUUUUCAGAAUAUCUAGGUUAAAUUCCUAGCUCCAGCUCCUCAUUUCAGCUUCUUGCUAUUAACUGUCCUGUAAGACUGCAGAGAUGGCUCAAAGUUAUGUGGUUCCUGCCACUUCUGUGACAGCCUUGGCUUCUUUGUAAUUUGGAGCAUUUUACCCUAAAUCAGCAUGUAAGAGCUUUCUCUGUCUGCCUCUCAAAUUAAAAAAAAACAUUUUUAAACUAUAACAGAUUAACUUAGAGGUUUCUUGUAUUAAAGUGUAAAUUGUUGAUUAUACUAAGUUUAGAAGAGGUCUUAACCUGCUUACAUCCUUUUGCUUUCCAUUAUUUGAAGUAUUGUGGAAUCUUCACCUCAGUCAUUUGUUAAUUCUUACCUGAAAGUUAUAUAAAUAGAAGUACACAAGUCAUUGUGAAGGAAAUGAUUCAAUUGGCAUUCUGCUGCUAUUCUCAUCCUGUCUUUGUUUUGCUUUCAAUAUUCCUAGAUUUGAUGCAAUGGAUGAAUAUGGAUCUAAGGUUGAAUGCAAUUCUUAGAUUAACUUAACUGUUACUAUUGAUGAUAGUGAUAUUAUUGAUAAAAGAUAAGAUAGUUCACAGGCCAGAAUUCCUUUAGAAAUGUUUGAAGUAUUAUAGUAGGAAAUUUGUAUAGAUGUAUAGAGAUUUUGAUAUUUUAGAAUUACCAUUAAUUUUACUUGGUAUUGUGGUUUUGUUUUUUUUUUUUUUAAAGAGUCAGUAUUGUAUUUCAAUGUGAUAUCUGCUUUUUACUUUAAUGUAGUUCUAGGGUUCUAAGAGCAGAGAGGUCAGUAAUCAUUGAAAGAAACUGGAACUGGCUCUCAUGGGGGAUGUUGGCACUGCAGGCCACAGCUGAACCCAGUGAGCCACAGCACUAUCCUGUAUCCCUCCAAAUUUAUCCGUUUAAAUUAAAUUAGACAGUAACAGGUUUCCAGUUAAUAAUAUUCUCAUCUGUAUUAUAUUUUUGGAAUUUUUCAUUAAAAAAUUAGAAAUAAAUACCAGUUUUGUAUAUAUUACAUUUAGAAUAAGAAAUUUAAGAAGUUCUGUUCCCACCCUGACUCUUAUUUGAUUGUUUGAAUUGUUCGUUCUGUGCAUAUUGGGUAGGUUCUUAACUUGGUCUUUUGCCUAAGAACUUAAUGAAGUAAAUUUAGAAACAUAUGUGGUAAUAUGCUCCUGAAGGAUUUAAAUGUACAUAACAGCCUGUAAUAUCAAAUUGUUACAUUCUAGUUAGGAGCAGAAUAUAAAAGUAAUAUUUAAGUAAAACUUUUUUACACACUUACAGGUUAUUUAAUUUCUUUUUCAUGGAGAAUAAAUAGAAGAAUUUUAUUUGAAUGACAAAGUGAGAGAGAUCUUCUAUCUGCUGUUUUCAUUCUCAGAUGGCUACAACAGCUGGAACUGGGUGAAGCCAAAGCCAGGAGCCAAAAAUACUUCAUAGUUUCUCCUGUGGGUACAGGGGCUCAAGUAUGUGCUGCUGCUUUCCAAGGAACAUUAGUAGGAGCUGUAUUAGAAGUGGAGCAGCCAGGAUUCAAACUUAGCCUUCUAUGCCUGCAAUACUGGCCCCAUGAAUUCCUAGUUCUUCGUCUCAGUUCAUUGAGAGAACUGAUAAUAAUAUAUCAGUGUUAAUCAUAAGACAGUUUCGUGUAAGAACAAGUGACACAAGACUUUUUGACAUUAAAUAAACUAGUGUUAGUAAACAUGAAUUCGUGGUUUUAAAGCUUUUACAUGUAAUUUUACUCACUCAACAGAUAAUUUUUAUGAAUUUGCUAUAUGCCAGAUAUUCUACAGAUGUAGAUGUAGUGUGAACCACAACCUUAUUUACUUGCUUUCUGCUUGCAGUUUUAUUUUUAGAAAAUGAUGAUCAAAAUAUAUUGGAUUCACGGCCGGCGCCAUGGCUUACUUGGCUAAUCCUCCACCUGCAGCGCCAGCACCCUGGGUUCUAAUCCCGGUUGGGGCACCAGUUCUGUCCCAGUUGCUCCUCUUCCAGUCCAGCUCUCUGCUGUGGCCUGGGAGGGCAGUGGAGGAUGGCCCAAGUGCUUGGGCCCUGCACCUGCAUGGUAGACCAGGAAGAAGCACCUGACUCCUGAUUUCAGAUUGGUGCAGCGCACCAGCCACAGCGCACCAGCUGUGGUGGCCAUUUGUGGGGUGAACCAACAGAAGCAGACCUUUCUGUCUCUCUCUCUCACUGUCUAAUUCUGCCUGUCCAAAAAAAAAAAAAAUUGGACUCUUGUGUGUCAGUCAUCCUACUAUCUUAUUUAAUCAUUAAUACAGUAAUAUUUCAGCCAUAUUACUUCCUAUCUUGUAUGUGAAACUAAGACCUAAAGUGAUAAAAUAGCAUGAUCUAAGAAAAUAACAAUGUGCUGAGAUUUUUAGCUCAAUGAAUCAGGCUGAUUCUGAAACAAUACUUUUACUACUGUUGUAACCAUAAGCUUUAUUAUGAAAUGAUAUGUAGCGUUACCUGGCAAAUAGAUCUUCAUAUAGGAAUUGAAGACUUCAAAUAAUUAAUAUAUACAUAACAGAUAAAACUUUUAACUUCUUUGGUUGAGAUUGGGAGAGGAGCAGAAAGCAUUAGACUGGUACUGUUUUGCUUUGCCCAGUCAAUUGAUUGCCAUAAACCCUCCUCACAUUCAUGAAUUUCUUAAAUCUUUUUUAAAAGAUUUAUUUUAUUUACUUGAAAUACAGAGUUACAGAGUGAGGUAGAGCAAGAGAGAGAGAGAGGUCUUCUAUCCACUGGUUCAUUCCCAAAUGACUGCCAUGGCUAGAGCUGAGCUGAUCCAAAGCCAGGAGCUUCUUCCGGGUCUCCCACGUGGGUGCAGGCACCUGAGGACUUGGGCCAUCUUCUACUGCUUUCCCAGACCAUAGCAGAGAGCUGGAUCGGAAGUGGAGCAGUCAGGACUAAAACCAGCGCCUAUAAGGGAUGCUGGCACUGCAGGCCACAGCUUUAACCCACUGUACCACAGCACUGGCCCUGAAUUUCUUAAAUCUUAUUAAAA